AAGACAUUGAAGUACAGAAGUAGAGAGGAAGGAUCAAGAUGGAGAUGUUUGUGAAGAAAGAGUACUUAGAUUUGGUUCUUGUCCCAUUUGGGUUAAUCAUAGUUUUUUCUUACCAUCUAUUUCUUCUCUAUAGAAUCCUUUAUUUUCCUUACCACACCAUUAUCGGUUUCAUGAACAUCGAUAAAUCAAUUUGGGUCGAACGUAUCAUGCAGGCCAGAAAAGAUGAAUUGGGUAGUGCUCUAACUGUUCUUUCGAGCAGCAUAUCAGCUUCAACGUUCAUGGCAUCCACAGCUUUAACACUGAGUUCACUUAUCGGCGCGUGGAUCGGGAGCUCACCGGUGAAUAUGACCGUUUUUACGGGACAUUUCGUCUAUGGAGACACAAGUUCAAUCACAAUGGUCAUCAAAUACACCUCUCUUCUCGUGUGUUUUCUAGUCGCCUUCUGUUGUUUUGUUCAGUCCACGAGAUGUUUCCUACAUGCAAACUAUCUCAUCACCACUCCCGGCGAAGAUAUUCCACCUGAGUUGGUGAAGAGAGCUGUUUUGAGAGGUGGUAACUUUUGGUCACUUGGUCUUAGGGCUAUCUACUUAGCUCUUAAUCUAUUGUUGUGGCUUUUUGGACCGAUACCGAUGUUUAUCAACUCGGUUCUGAUGGUUGUUUGUUUGUAUUAUCUCGACACUAACUCGGUGGUUCAGCCUGUUUUCCACCGGACUUUCGCGGCGGAGCAAAUUGUCAAGAGGAUGAGAGGAGUUUUGCCCGAACCGUUGACUUAUAGAUAUAACUGAAAACAUAAUUAUUUGAUCAAUUUGUCAACUUGCGAAUUUCCA